CCCAGCCGUGAGCCCCGCGGUGCGCCCGGGGCGCGUCCUGCCGAGCGCGGCCCCACUCGGCCUCCAGGAGGGUUCCGAGUCCCUCACCGCUUUCCCUCUCUCGCCAGGCUCCUACGGAGGAGGACUGCGCCGGGCAGCAGCGGCAUGUUGCGUGACAGCGCGCGUGCCGGGAGCCUGUGAGCGCGGAGGGCGCUUGGCCCAGGUGGACGUCAGCCUGCCGGCAGGGCCACACAGGCGUUCGGGAUGGAAGCAGAAGGCUUGGAUUGGCUUUUGGUCCCGCUGCACCAGCUGGUUUCCUGGGGGGCGGCUGGGGCCAUGGUCUUCGGAGGGGUUGUGCCGUACAUCCCGCAGUACAGGGACAUCCGGAGGACUCAGAACGCCGAGGGCUUCUCCACCUACGUGUGUCUGGUGCUCCUGGUGGCCAAUAUUUUACGGAUACUCUUCUGGUUUGGGAGGCAUUUUGAGUCACCGCUGCUCUGGCAGAGCGUGAUCAUGAUCAUGACCAUGCUGCUGAUGCUGAAGCUCUGCACCGAGGUCCGCACGGCCAACGAGCUGAACCUGAAACGCCGCGUCUUCGCAGCUGCAGAUAAUAAAGAUGAAGAAGUCAAAGCCCCCCCCAGGCGGUCAUAUCUGGGAGAAGAAAAUGGAGGUCCUUCGCUCUUGCUGUCACCCUGGAAGGGGACCGCUAGGGCCUUGCGGUCCUCAAUCGCUUGUCCCCGGGAGCGGAGCCGGCGGGCCGGCCACACGGGGGCGCGCGUGGGCCACCAGGUCCUGGACUUCGACCCGCACCACUUCUGGCACUGGAGCAGCUUUGGGGACUAUGUGCAGUGCGUCCUGGCCUUCACCGGGGUGGCAGGCUACGUCACGUACCUGUCCAUCGACUCGGCCCUGUUUGUGGAGACCCUGGGCUUCCUGGCCGUGCUGACCGAGGCCAUGCUGGGCCUGCCACAGCUCUACCGCAACCAGCGCCUCCGCUCCACCGAGGGCAUGAGCAUCAAGAUGGUCCUCAUGUGGACUAGUGGCGACACCUUCAAGACGGCGUACUUCCUGCUGAACGGGGCACCCCUGCAGUUCUCAGUGUGCGGCCUACUGCAGGUGCUGGUGGACCUGGCCAUCCUGGGGCAGGCCUACGCGUUCGCCCGCCAUCCCCCGAAGCCGGCCCCCCACACGGCGCACCCUGCCAGCGCCAAGGCCCUCUGAGGCAGCUGGGGAGGAUGAGGACGUGGAACUGCUCGCUGCAGGCACCAGCCCAGCCACCUGUCCUCCCCGCGUGGGGCAGGCAGGCACCGCUGCCCCCUGAGAUGGUGUCCUGGCUGUCGGGCUCGCGCUCAGCCUCUGGGCUCCCGGGGAGGCCGGUGGGGGCCCGGGCACUGAUGUCUGUGCUUUCUCACCCCAGGACUGCGUGCGAGCGGGUUGCACCCCUGGGUGGUGCUGCCGUUGUUCUCAAGGUGAUGAGAAAGCAAGUCUUCUCGCCCAUGUCCAUGCGAAGCAGCCCUGGCCCGGAGCCUGGAAGAGGCAGACCCGGGCUCUGCAGGACCAAGGGUGUUGGGAAAACUCGUGUCUCAGCCGCAGUGGCCUGGACGUGGCUGGUGGAGCUUAGAAGGCCUGCAGCCCGGGCCCAGGGAUCCCUGACUCGGGCUAGACUUGGCGGGGGUGGGGUCGGAGUGAGAAGUGGUGCCCGGAGAAGCCUGCAUGCGGUUCCUGCUGUCUCAGAAUGGCCUGGGGGUGGGGCCCUGGUGCCCACGGGUGGCCGAGGGUCAGUCAUGGCAGGGAUGGGGUUUUGUGUGCACCUGGCCCACGUGGAGAAGUGCUGGAGUACGCUAAACGUUGUCACGUGUGCUCCUGUGUGUGUGGCCAGAGGUGGCCUUUCCAGGGUCACCUUCAGCGCAGCUGCCUCACAGGACUGGAUCCCGGCUCAGCAGUGGGGCCCAGGGGCCUUGUUGCUACUCUGGGCUCCUCCUGCGAGAUGCUGGUGUGGACCCCACUGGGGCGAGGGGCAAGCCCUCAUCUGCCAGUGGGCCCCGGCCAGAGCGAGUGCUGGGGCGUUGGAACCAGGGCCUGGAGUUCCCCAUGAGUCCUGGGGGUGUCGGGGGGACGCAGCAGCCCCUGUGGGCUCCUGGGAAGGCCGGGGGCCCAGGUCUGGGGCUGGGCAGACGCACUGGCCAUCCCCGUCAUUUUGGGAAUCAUGCACCUGCAGCACACAGCCUUAGACGUCUGCUUCUAGGACCAGGGGGGCAGUGAGGGAGUGUCCCUGUGCUGUGCGGGGUGUCCCUGCUUCUAAUGUGGGUCCCCCCAACCCACACACACUCUGAGCUCUCAGGCCUGCACGGGGGCCCUGCCGCCGUCCUCCCGUCUACACAAACCUCGUCCGCUGCGUCUGGCUGUGGUGCGGCCGCUGUCUGACACUGGCCCCCCCCUUCAGUUACACGAGCAUCUCGCCUGCGCAGCAGCUGGACCCCACAGGGCGAGUGUUCUAGAUGCUUCUGUGGGCUUCCCACAGGCAGCGCUUCCCCUUCCGCUGGGCGGAGGGUGGCUCUGCAGUGUCCACGCUGUCUGCGGCCAGCACCAAAGCUCUACCGUCUGCGGUGGCCAGUGGAAAACCUGCAAAGCUGUUUCUUCCUCUUGAGUUUUCGUCAAAAACUCCUGAAUGUUUGAGGGUCUUGCUCAGUUCUCUGGCCUGCAGGAUGCUUUGAAAAUGUUUAUUUUUUAUAAAUGAAGGGAGAUGUCUGUAGCAGUAAUUGCCUCCAAAUUAAAACCUCACUGGCUUCCACCGUGA